AGCUCUCUGAGCUGUCUACUGUAUCUCUGUGUUUGUAUCCACUCUCUGUUGUUAUCAGGGCAGUGAGGCGGCUCACAGUGCUCUGCAUAGAGGACAGAGGGAGGGUGGAAGGCUGAGCUGUCAGAGUGACUCCUGGACUGGUUAGUCCAUUUUCUCUGUCCUUUCACUGGGCAGUCUGUCCAUCACUGCAGCUUGAGCUGUCUGCAUCUUGUGGAUUUAUUUAUCUGAGUGACACCUGGGGAGGUGAAGGAAACCUGAGCGGAGAGGCAGGAGUCUGCUCCCCCUGCUCUGUCCUUUCUGUGCGUGGAUGACCUGGGCUCUUCUAGUUUGCUCCACAGCACAAUGAACAAGAUGAAGAACUUUAAGAGGCGCUUUUCUCUUUCUGUUCCCCGCACUGAGACCAUCGAGGAGAACGAGUUCACUGAGCAGAUUAAUCAGCUCAACAUGCGGCACACUCAGGGCCUGACUCCAGACAGGCUGGGUCCUCCGUCUCAUGAUGCUAGUCCUGUCAGCCCUGAACCAACAACACCGGGUGCUCAGUCUCCGUCCCAUCUCCAAUAUCACAGCAAGGCCCAGCACAGACGUUUCUCCAUGGAGGACGUCAGUAAGCGCAUGUCUCUUCCCAUGGACAUCCGUCUGCCUCCAGAGUUUCUCAAGAAGCUUCAGCUGGAAAGCGAAAACUCUCCGCCCUGCAAACCUCUCAGCCGCAUGUCCCGCCGUGCCUCACUGUCUGACAUAGGCUUCGGAAAACUGGAGACGUACGUGAAGCUUGGCAAACUGGGUGAGGGGACUUACGCCACCGUGUUUAAAGGGCGGAGCAAACUAACAGAGAACCUGGUGGCGCUAAAGGAGAUUCGGCUGGAGCACGAGGAGGGAGCGCCCUGCACCGCUAUCAGAGAAGUGUCUCUACUGAAGAACCUGAAACACGCCAACAUCGUCACGCUGCACGACAUCAUCCACACCGAACGCUGCCUCACUCUGGUGUUUGAGUAUCUUGACAGUGACCUUAAACAGUACUUGGACAACUGCGGGAAUCUCAUGAGCAUGCAAAAUGUCAAGAUCUUCAUGUUCCAGUUGAUGCGUGGUCUGUCCUACUGCCACAAGAGGAAAAUCCUCCACAGAGACCUGAAGCCUCAGAACUUGCUCAUUAACGACAAGGGCGAGCUCAAACUGGCAGACUUCGGUCUAGCCAGGGCCAAAUCAGUCCCCACUAAAACCUACUCCAAUGAAGUGGUCACACUUUGGUACCGGCCCCCUGACGUGCUGCUGGGCUCGACUGAAUACUCCACACCCAUCGACAUGUGGGGUGUGGGUUGUAUCCUGUUUGAGAUGGCAACAGGUCGUCCCAUGUUCCCUGGUGCCACGGUGAAGGAGGAGCUACACUUAAUCUUUAGGCUCAUUGGCACUCCGACAGAAGAGAGUUGGCCGGGGAUUAGCAGCAAUGAGGAGUUCAAGACUUAUCUCUUUCCUCAAUACAGACCUCAAGGUCUCCUCAACCAUGUGCCCAGGUUGGACUUAGACGGGAUUGACCUGCUGUCCGCUCUGCUGCUGUACGACACCCGGAGUAGAAUCACCUCUGAAGCCGCUCUACAACAUCCCUACUUCCUGAGUCUGGGGAAUAACAUACACAGCCUGCCAGACACUGCUUCAGUGUUUUCUAUCAGAGAGGUGCAGCUCCAGAAAGACCCCGGUCACCGCAGCUCAGUGUUUCACCCUUUAAGAGGAAAGAACCGAAGACAAAGCAUCUUCUAGAGUUCACAGAGGAGGAAGAGAGACGCCGAGAGAAGAGGAGCGGCCUUUUCAGACCACAGCACAAAGGCCAAAACUGCUCUGCACAUUCAGACGCAUGCUCAAAUAUGUGCACACACACAUGCAUGAACACACAUGUGCACUCACUCAUUUCCAAGGCAGCCGGCCGUGGAGACAUACAGGGUUUGGGGAAAUCAACCUGUACUGCACUUGAAAUGACUGAGCUGAGAUACACUCUCCCUCCUCACACACAAACAGAACAUAUUGAAUUAACACUUUACAUUGAAGUCCUUCUAAUAUGUGUUAAUUAAAAGCCAUUUGGGCACUUAUGAGACUAUUUAAGUGUUGAUAAAUGUAUCUUAAACAAGUUUAGUGUUGGACUGUAAGACAGCUAACAAUAAAUCCCCUCUAGCAGCAUUUUUGUUGCUCUACCCGGAGUAACAUAUAUAUAUAUAUAUAUAUUAACACAUGAUUAGUGUCAUAUAAGUACAAAGGGAUGGAAGGUAUUUCAAGGACCUUAAUGUAAAGUGUUUCCCGUGUUUGCACACAUUUGCACAAUCAGCGAUACUGAACAUGCUGCCAACACUCAGCUGCACACACCAGAGGUAAACAAACAAUCUGCUGACACAUAUAAAAACCCAGAGAUUCAGCCAUCCAAGGUAGCUAAGAGUUGUAAAUCACCAGUUUAUAACCAGUUAUGAAGUUAUGGGUGUACAGAUGUAAGGGUUAAGUUGCACAUUUGAAAACAAAGUAAAGUUAAUUUAAAAACAACAAAAAGCUCCCACAGUGAACCCUUCAUCUUCCUCCAGACAUGGUGACCAGACACCAAAAAGAGGGUUUCAUUUUUUUCAUGCAUGUCUCCAAGUCAAACUGUUAGUACAUUUGAUUACUAAGCAUAACGUUUAAGUGGUAAUCCAAAGCCCUUUUUAUGAAGCAAUUCGAGAGAAAAGCUGGAAUAUGAUUUCAAGAAAAAAAUCGAAAUUAAUUUUUGAGAAAAGGUUGUAUAAUAUUUUCCAGAACAAAAAGUGGACCGCUGUUAAGUGGUGACAUCACUUCUACAGAAAACUGUUCCCAGGUCAAAACUACGAGUGUAGUGUAAUAUAUUUUAGAUCUGUCAUAAGGCAGUGUUGUGCAAGUUAACACAAAAAAUUAACUAGUUCAUAUUCAUUGUUUUAGCUGCAUCUAAAUUAUUUUUCAGUAGCGCCUCCUGUCCUUCAGUUUCCAGCCCUUAAUCACUGACAUUUUCUAAACUACAUGAAUUACUGUAUUAUUAAGGUAUUAAGUGUAAAAGACAAGAAUAUCUGCAGCUAUGAAAACUUAGAAACACACAUCUAACUCUCCAACCUGACAGCUGAAUAUAUGGAUAAAGGAUCCAACUUUAACCCCCCGAUACACGGGGAGCAUCCCCCAAAUUAGAAGAUGUUGACAACAGCCGCUUCACAGGUACCACUCACUACAUCUGGAUUACUAGAUGCAUAAGUCAUGCUGAAUGCCUGUCAGAUGCCAUAAACCUGACUUCAGCCACAGUAGACACCACACUCUGUAACUCUCGAUACUUCUCUGAUGCUGCUGGAGGGAGUGUGAGCAGUUGUUCUCUUCCUCCAGUGAACAACAUUCACAUUCAUGAACUGUAAACUGAGCAGUUCAAUUCCCCGUUCAUCAAAAUAUGAACGUGAUCAAAUUCAUAUUAGUGCAUUCCUGCACAACACUGGCUGCGUUCAUCACUCUUUUUAACAGAUCAGUCUUAAAAGACAUCCAUUAGUAUGUUUUUCAGAUAUCCAUACGUGAUCUGAAUUAGUGCUUUGACACAGAAACAGUUUUAUGUUAAAGUGUUACGUCAACACUUAACAACCUGUGGCUUUUUUUUGUCUAAAUUAUAUCUGUUUUAUUCUUGAUUUUUUUACUUCAUUUUUAACAUUUUGACUUUUUCUAGAAAUUGCAUGAAGAAAAUAAAUCUUCCUUUUUUAAUUAUCUUUUUCCCAUACCUGACCCGAGUACUCUUUUGUACCUGACAGUGAAGCCAGACUCUUAUUUAAUGUGUAAUUAAAUUGGCCUUAAAGUUUUCAAAUUUCAACAUCUCAAAUGCUCAAGAUUGUUAAAAAGUCUGAAGGAUUUUGGAAUUAAAAACCAUAAAACAUAUCCCCAGGGGUUCAGGUCAUAAAUGCUUUAGGUGUUCUUGUGAAGAUUCAAAUAUUUAACCUUUGAAUUUCUAUGUCAGCUAUAAACUGGCUUAAAAGCUAAUUGCAGAAUGCUUUCACAAGGCUAGCUGCCUAUAAAACAAACACUAAAGAUGUCACCUCAGCUAUCACGCUACAUAUUAGCUAAUGCAUAACGUAUGCUAAUGAUGAUUAAGCUACCUGGAUAUGUUGUCAGAGGAAUCAGUGAUGAGAUGCUUACGUCCCUGUCACAAGUGUCCUGAUAGUCUUGAAGCCGUCUGGAUGGUGAAAUCGUAGCAACAUUCAUGAACAGUACCUCUUCUUACGACACAAACACUGAGCCUAUACAAACAGCUUCAUGUCCACAGACUUGCCUUGCUUCAGUGUUUCCGCUCAGUGUGGGGUUUUGUUCCAUACAGUGUAAACAGCUGACUUUCACUCCAGUUUUGAAGUUGCCUUAGUAAAAUGUGCAUGAUAUUUUGGCUUGUUAAGAAUCUAUAUUUGAUCUAGUGUAGCCAAUGUGUUAGAAAGCCUUUACUUUGUGUGUGUAAUAACUCUGUGAUUUACUUAGUCUCCUAUUUGCACAAACCAGAAGUGUCCUCUGAAGCCUGCUCCCUUCCCUCCGUGUCUAACCUCUAAAUAUACCCCUGUAUCAAUCGAAAUCCCCUCCCACCUCCACGAGUAAAACGGGGAAGUAUGUUCAACAACAACUAACUCUCAGUGGGACUCACACUAUCUGCAGAAGUGAAACUUUUUAACCAUCAGAUUCCCUCACAGUUCCUCUGUGAUCACCAUGGAGCCCAAAGCUCACGUCCAUGAUCUAAAGGAUGAAGACAUCUGCAGACACUAAAGUUUUUGGGGGCUUGUUGCUAAGAUAUACUCUCCUCUGUCCUUAAUCUGCUCUGACUCCCUCUGUAUCUCUUCCCCGUUUGUCCAGUGCUGCAGAGCAAUCCUUGUGUACGCCAACGACUAAGGGUUGAGGCCAAAUAAUGACUGGUAUGACGUGAUCCAGGUUGUCUAUUAAAUCAACAGUGCAAUAUGA